CAGGGAGGGGUCGGCAUGGCCUCCUGCUUCGAGCUGAGCCCGCGAACGGACGGGAGCCGGGUGUCCAAAGGGUGGAGGUGUCACAGGGGCGGGGUCAGCGAUGUGGGCUCCGGGUUCUGCCGCACAGCCAUCCCCCGCCGCCGCCGCCGCCGCCCCCCGCUGCACCCGCCCAGGCCUAGACACGACCUUCACAAGGUCACCGCUGCCACCGAUAACCGGCCCGCAAGGCGCAUGGGCGGGGCCCGGUUCCCGACAUGCCUCGGGGCAUGGCGCGCCGGAAGGGGCAGGUCGUCGGGGUGCGGCACAACCAAUAGGCGCGGCCCGCGGGAGGGCGCGGCGGGGCGAGGCGCGGAUGCCGGCAUCCCGCGGGGGCGCGGCUCGCGGGAAGGGGAGGGGCGCAGGCGCACGGCUCAGCCAAUGGGCGCGGCAGGCGGGGGCGAGGGGCGUGGCGUCAGCGCUUUAGCGGCUGCGCGCUGCGCGCCCCGUCCUUUCGGUCCCGGCGGUGACAGGGCUGAGCUAGCGGCGCCCGUCUCCAGCUCUCCGCACCUCCACUGCACUCCGCUGUGCGCCCGCUGCACCGCCCGCCCCCCCACCAUGACGGAGCAGGCCAUCUCCUUCGCCAAGGACUUCCUGGCCGGAGGCAUUGCCGCCGCCAUCUCCAAGACGGCCGUGGCCCCGAUCGAGCGGGUCAAGCUGCUUCUGCAGGUGCAACAUGCCAGCAAGCAGAUCGCGGCGGACAAGCAGUACAAGGGCAUCGUAGACUGCAUCGUGCGCAUCCCCAAGGAGCAGGGCGUGCUGUCCUUCUGGAGGGGCAACCUGGCCAACGUCAUCCGCUACUUCCCCACGCAAGCCCUCAACUUCGCCUUCAAGGAUAAGUACAAGCAGAUCUUCCUGGGGGGCGUGGACAAGCACACGCAGUUCUGGCGGUAUUUUGCUGGCAAUCUGGCCUCUGGUGGGGCGGCGGGAGCCACCUCUCUCUGCUUCGUCUACCCCCUGGAUUUCGCCCGAACCCGCCUGGCGGCGGACGUGGGCAAAUCGGCCACGGAGCGGGAGUUCAAAGGCUUGGGCGACUGCCUGGUCAAGAUCACCAAGUCCGACGGCAUCCGGGGCCUGUACCAGGGCUUCAACGUGUCUGUGCAGGGUAUCAUCAUUUACCGGGCAGCCUACUUCGGCGUGUACGACACGGCCAAAGGCAUGCUCCCCGACCCCAAGAACACCCACAUCGUGGUGAGCUGGAUGAUUGCGCAGACCGUGACCGCUGUGGCCGGCGUCGUCUCCUACCCCUUCGACACCGUGCGGAGGCGAAUGAUGAUGCAGUCGGGGCGCAAAGGAGCCGACAUCAUGUACAAGGGCACUGUCGACUGCUGGCGGAAGAUCUUGAAGGACGAAGGAGGCAAAGCCUUCUUCAAGGGUGCGUGGUCCAACGUGCUCCGGGGCAUGGGGGGUGCCUUUGUGCUGGUCCUGUACGACGAGCUGAAGAAGGUCAUCUAGGCGUCCGCCUGCCUCAGGAGCCCCGGGCACCGCGUAGAACAUUUAACUCUUAAUGGACCAUUGACCUUUGAGAAAUUCCAGUGUCCUGUCCCGGCCAGCCCCUGAGUGGGGUGGGGAGGGGAGGCUGUGGGACGGGCUCAUUGUGAAAGCGACCAUUGCCUCCCCAAUUCCAUGCAUUGAUUUUGGGGGACGUAUCAUGCCGUCUCCAUGGGUCCACAGCUGAGGCAGCUGCGCUACAGAACCUACAGUCCAGGUGCUGGUGGGACCCAGUGUGUUUAAGUAUUUAUUUAAAGAAAUCAUGUCUCCCGUUUGUACUUAAGCACUAUCCUCUUUUGCACAGCCAAAUAUUUGCAAUUAUGUUCUAUGUCGGGCAUUCUGCUGCAGAAUAAAAACAGGACAGAGUUGU